AUGACUGGGAAGAACUUUGACAAAUGGCUGAAGGACGCCGGUGUGCUCGACUCAAAAAACAUCACAAGUACCAUGACCGGCAUUGCUUUCAGUAAAGUGGCAGGUCCAAAAAAGAAGACAAACUUUGAGGAAACCAAAAAGGUCAUCAUCGGUGUAGCAGAAGAUCGUGCUCGACAAUCAAAGAAAACCGUGCAGGAAGAGUUGGACGCAAUUACGGAAAAGCUCGCCCAACUCGAAGCGCCGACGCUGAACAGUGCUGCUAAACCAGACGCGAACGGAGUCUACCAACGACUCACCGAUCACAAGAAAUACACUGGUGCCCAUAAAGAACGAUUCGAUGCCGAAGGAAAAGGUGAG